UGUCCUGUAUGUGUGCUGCUGCCUGCUGGUGGACCAUGUUAGUCAACUGUGCCCUCAGCACUGACAGCCUGGUUAGCUGUCAUCAGCACGCCUCACCACAUCUUGGCUAACUAGACGCGUUAAUGCGAUGAACCGGGACUUUAUUGAUCAUGGCUAACUUACGGAUUUCGUUAGCCGUCGCGGUUGUUCAGACCGUCCUGUACAGAAGCUGUGAGGGUGAGUAACUCGCUGUUUGUUGUGUUCAUGAGACCAGCGCCACUGCCACCAUCGAGCCGAGCGAAUGUGGGAUUAGCAGCGAGCUAACGUAAGCUAGGUUAGCUAGCCUAGCCGAGUCGAGCCUAACCGAGCGGCGGAUUGAAUUGAGGCUGGAAACCAGCUCUGUGGUGUAACUGCACCACAGCCCUGUGUGAGAAGAAUGGCUACCAGUGCGAGACCGAUGGAGCCUGCAUGGCCUCCACUUCCUUCAUCGAUGGCCAAGAGCAGCACAUCCGUACCUGCAUCACACGGGACAACCUUGAGCCCCCCGGACAGCCGUUCUACUGCCGCGGUGCCGAGGGCCUGCUGAACAUCCACUGCUGCUACACGGACUACUGCAACAGCAUUGACCUCCAAGUACCCUCAGUUACAACUCAGACAGGACUGGGGGGAGGCUACGGCCCAGGUGGGACAUGGGGGCUGGUGGAACUCGUUGCUGUGAUCGCGGGGCCGCUGUUCCUGCUGUGUCUGCUGCUGCUGGUGGGCGUGUUCCUGUAUCAGUACCAUCAGAGGGCCUACAGCCACAGGCAGAGGCUGGAGGUAGAGGACCCCUCCUGUGAUCACCUCUACCUGGCCAAAGACAGGACCCUGCAGGACCUCAUAUACGAUCUGUCCACGUCUGGUUCAGGCUCCGGUCUGCCCCUGUUUGUCCAGCGGACGGUGGCCCGGACAAUCGUCCUCCAAGAAAUCAUUGGUAAAGGGCGUUUUGGGGAGGUGUGGCGAGGACGUUGGAGGGGUGGUGACGUGGCGGUAAAGAUCUUCUCAUCCAGAGAGGAGCGCUCCUGGUUCCGUGAGGCAGAAAUCUAUCAGACCAUCAUGCUCCGCCAUGAGAACAUCCUGGGCUUCAUAGCUGCUGACAACAAAGACAAUGGCACAUGGACCCAGCUGUGGUUGGUGUCAGACUACCAUGAGCACGGCUCUCUGUUUGACUACCUGAACCGCUACUCUGUCACUACUGAAGGAAUGAUCAAGCUAGCGCUGUCAGCUGCCAGUGGCCUUGCACAUCUGCACAUGGAGAUUCUUGGAACUCAAGGAAAACCAGGCAUUGCCCACAGAGACCUUAAGUCCAAGAACAUCCUCGUGAAGAAGAACUGCACCUGUGCCAUCGCUGACCUGGGCUUGGCUGUCCGUCACGACUCUGCAACAGACACCAUCGACAUUGCGCCCAAUCAAAGGGUGGGCACCAAGAGGUACAUGGCUCCAGAGGUUCUGGAUGAGACGAUCAACAUGAGACACUUUGACUCAUUCAAGUGUGCUGAUAUCUAUGCUUUGGGUCUGGUCUACUGGGAGAUUGCACGCCGCUGUAAUAGUGGAGGUAUCCAUGAAGAGUACCAGCUGCCCUACUAUGACCUGGUACCGUCUGACCCGUCCAUCGAGGAGAUGAGGAAGCUAGUGUGUGACCAAAAGCUACGCCCCAACAUCCCAAACUGGUGGCAGAGCUACGAGGCCUUGCGGGUUAUGGGCAAAAUCAUGAGGGAGUGCUGGUAUGCCAACGGAGCCGCCCGCUUGACAGCCCUGCGCAUUAAAAAGACCCUGUCGCAGCUCAGCAUUCAGGAGGACAUUAAAGUCUGAAGUGAGCAGAGCACUGAGGAAGAGCUUUGAGCAGGACCCAACUCCAGACUGUAAGACGCUGAGAAGAAAGGGGCCGGGCCUUCUACAGAGAACGCACAAAGUAAGACAACCUGAUGGAGAGUCGUACUCUGUAAAAUAUUCCUCCAUAGACACUCCUGCCAGUUUGAAGCCACUUGAUUUCUGACAAACCCUACCUCGCUUACCCAGCCAAACUACCAAGAACAUCUUUCCUGUCUUGUCCUCAGCUACUGCUGCCCGCCCUGAACCUUUUUGUUCCUCUCUACACUCCCUACUAACAAGGAUCCUUGGAUUUCCUGUGUUACUUGUAUGCAAUCGAUAAUAGGAUAUAUAAUUAACCAGUUAACGUUUUGAAAAUCAGUUGCUGAUAUUUCCACAGAGACUCUUCGAUCACAGUUGCAUUAUAUUUGCUCUUUUUGUCUUUGAAUAGGGGGCAAGCUGGUAAGGUUGGGAGUGUUUUUAACUUAUUUUGUACUUGUUCUGAUAUUUAAAUGACUAGAUCUUGUUGUUAAUAUAUAUGGGUGUUGGUGAGGUUUUUUCUCUGUGCCACCUACAGCACACAGGCAUGUCACAAACUGCUCAGAAAUCCUUCAAAGAGAAUAAUCCAUCUGGUUCUGCUACAAAUGUGUGCUUUUGUAGUCUGCUGAUUAUCACCAUGUAAGCAUGUACAAAGCAGUUCAAACAGAUUUUGUAAAUGCAGCCCAUUAACUUUGAACAAGGUGUUUGAGACUUCAAAGUCAGUGGAGCAUUCAAGGCAACUUGCCAAACACGGUCAAGCCUUUGGACCACUUGCCAGGGGCUCUUUCCAUAAGCUGUUGUGAACCUCAGGUUUUCCUAUUGCUCACCAAUCAAAGUUUUUUUUUGUGGGUGUCUAUAUUCAGAACAAUCUUAAGAAAAAUACCCAUUUAGGAAUUAUUAAGCAAAAAUGCAAUUCGUUAGGAUGAAGGGUUGCAGAGCAGCAGCUGCCAGUGACUUGACAAUAAGAGUUUUGACCUUGAUCUUCUUAGCUGACAACACUGGCUGGCUGCAGAUUGGGGCACACAAACACUUGUUCCUCCAUGGUACAUGUAUUAUAUUUAAAUGGUAGCAUUCCAAUAUGAAUGCACUGUCUCUGUCUGUUGGUCAGCCGACAGACCAUGAGCUGCCAUGUGAGUAUACCCUCUAGUCCCUCAGAUAAGCUGGUACACUCAACAUUCAGAUAAAACUUUGUCCUUUGCAGCAGCCACUUCUCUUUACACUGUACCUUUAAUACGGGCCAGAUCGUUCAUAUUUAUCCGUUUUCAAAUCAUUAGGAAUCUUUAGUUUGUUUUUAUGUUCAUUUGUUUUUAUUGUCGGAGCAUGUCCAUUAUUCUUUUUUUCCCCUUGGGGUGAACUCUUCCUGGCCAAGUACAACUACUGCACAUAAAUGAAUACAUUUUGAAGAUAAUACUUGUGUACAUACAACAGGUAGAUUAGAUUUUAUGUUGAUACCUAGGUCAUGUUUUAGAUGGUUGAUCUUUUAUACCGGCUUCUUGGUUGGUGGAAAGAAAAGGUAAGACUUUUGUACCUACUUUCUGACAUUUGCAGUAACAUUAUGAGUCAGACACACUGUUUAUGUUCACUUUCUCCUACAGCCCUCUGUCACUGCAGAGCGGUGUUUGAUUUUUAAUUGAUGUCUCCCCUGGUGGCUCAUUUUGUUCUCGAUACAAUACCUCCCCAGUGUGUGGAUUGUCUCCUUUUAGCUAACAUUGUCAAAAAUCACUGUCUACAUUUGUCUCUAGCUGUAUGCUGAAUCAACAGGUACUGUUUGUGUAUAGACUUUCUCGUGUUAUUUAUAUUUGUAUGCCCUGAGUCCCUAUGGAAGCCUGAAAGGCCACAUGUGCACUACUACUGACCUCUCGCAGCAUUAUAACCAAAUUGUUCUCAGAAUCAUGUCUUGUCAUGGCUGCCAGAGUCUAUUUCAGAUCCCACUACUGAAAACAAGAAUGUUUAUAUGAGUCAGUCACUGUACACUCCUUCUAACUGGAAAUCCAACUUUUCUUUGGGAGAAGAAAUGUUGACACUAAAUACUACUGAAAUGUCUCAAUGCUGUUUCCCAAAUGUGUUUGACCAGUUCUUUUUAUUUUGGAAACACUUGCUUACUGCACUGUAUUGUUUUAAGUCUUGCAGGAUGUUUGUUAGAAUGAAUAAACUGCACCUGAUGCUGUUGUUUUUGGCUGGAAAGACUGCAGAGCUCUAAUGUUCGAUAGGUGGUUGAGUGUCAAUCAUAUUUAUACAAUAACGGGGUAUGUUUGUCAAUUGUAUUUGCCUUACAAUGUAUAAAAUGCAUAGUGUAUUUAAGGUUUUGAUACCUUGCUCCAAAUGUCCCUACGCAAGAAUAGGAUGGGUUUGAGUCAAAGAAAUUAGGUGUUAUUCUCGGGUUGUGACAACUUCCAGGUCUCCGUCCAAUUGUGACAGAGACAACUGCAUCCAUGUAAAAAACCCCUUCAGGACUUCAAUGAUGUACCUUCUAAUAUAGAGUAAUAAAUGCAAUUGUUUUCCUAUGUGGUGUCUGUUUCUUUUGCUUUAUUUCAGCUCAGCCAAUCCCAAUGGUUAAUGUUUCAAGAGUGAAACAAAUAUUUUUUACAUGAACAAACGAUGACUUGGUAGUUGUAGUUUAUGUUUAUUACUGUUUUCAUUCGCUCUCACUGCACUCUUAAAGUUCUGCUCUGAAAACCAUAUUCUAUGCUACCAGUCCUACACCGGUCAG